UAUUUGGCCCUUUGUUUUCAUUUUCUGUUUUUCUGGGAAGGAAACAUCGUCGACUUGAAGCUCUUGAUGUCGUUGCCAACUUCGGCGCAAAGGCGGACGGAAGGACGGACAUGAAAGCAGUAAGCAGAAUAUAUGUAUCAAGUAUGAAAAAGCUUUUCUGUAGAAAUUCAGGUUCAUUUCUUUUGCCCUUUUACAUACAGGCUUUGCUGAAUGCUUGGAAACAAGCGUGUGCGUCGGCAACGCCGGCCGCCAUCGUGGUUCCGAAAGGGGCGUACAUGUUAAGCCAAGCAUUGUUGAAUGGUCCUUGCGAGGCUCACAUCACGCUUAAAGUUCAUGGUAUCAUAAUGGCUCCAGCUGAUCCUAAAGCAUUCAAGGAUUCAAAUUGGGUUGCCAUCUCCUUUGUCGAUGGCCUAACGAUAACCGGCGGCGGAGUUUUUGACGGAAAAGGAUCCGGUGUUUGGGGGAAAAGCAGUUGCGGCAAGAACUAUUGCGACACACUUCCCUUUGUAAGCCAGGUUUCAUGGUACAUUUGUUAAGUUUUAACCUCUUGAUAUGGUGCUAAUCA